UGUGUCCGUCAGGAGGAGCAGGCGGCCAAGCUGAAGGCCGAGAAGAUCCGGGUGGCCCUGGAGAAGAUCAAAGAGGCGCAGGUCAAAAAGCUGGUGAUCCGGGUCCACAUGUCCGACGAGAGCUCCAAGACCAUGAUGGUGGACGAGAGGCAGACGGUGCGCCAGGUGUUGGACAGCCUGCUGGACAAGUCCCACUGCGGCUACAGCCCGGACUGGGCCCUGGUGGAGACCAUCAACGAGCUGCAGAUGGAGCGUAUCUUCGAGGACCACGAGAACCUGGUGGAGAACCUGCUCAACUGGACGCGGGACAGCCACAACAAGCUCAUGUUCAUCGAGCGCAUCGAGAAGUACGCCCUCUUCAAGAACCCCCAGAACUACUUGCUGGGGCGGAAGGAGACGUCCGAGAUGGCCGACCGCAAUAAGGAGGCUCUGUUGGAGGAAUGUUUCUGCGGGAGCUCGGUGUCCGUGCCGGAGAUCGAGGGCGUGCUAUGGCUCAAGGAGGACGGGAAGAAGUCUUGGAAGAAGCGCUACUUCCUGCUCCGCGCUUCCGGGAUCUACUACGUCCCCAAAGGGAAGGCCAAGGCCUCCAGAGACCUGGUCUGCUUCCUCCAGUUGGACCACGUCAACGUCUACUACGGCCAGGACUACCGCAGCAAGUACAAGGCCCCCACCGACUACUGCCUGGCUCUCAAGCACCCUCAGAUCCAGAAGAAGUCCCAGUACAUCAAGUACCUGUGCUGCGAUGAUGUCAGGACUCUGCACCAAUGGGUGAACGGCAUUCGUAUCGCCAAGUACGGCAAGCAGCUGUACGUGAACUACCAGGAGGCCAUGAAGCGGACGGAGGCGGCGUACGAUUGGUCCUCUCUCUCCACCUCCUCCAUGCGGUCGGGCUCCAGCUCUGCCAGCAUACCCGCUGACACUCAGUCCAACCACUCGGGCCAAUCAGACAGCGGCGUGGACACAGGCUCCGCCCACGGCCGCUCCCAGAGCGUGGUCAGCUCCAUCUUCUCCGAGGCCUGGAAGAGGGGCACCCAGAUGGAGGAGAGCACUAAGAUGCGGAUGGACUCGACCAGGGGCGGCACCCUACCCCAUCGCCACCACAGCCAACACUCAGUGGACCAGCCGGCCCCCGCCCCCGCCUCCCCGCAGCCCCCCGGCCUGCCACCGGGCCCCCAGCAGCUCAACGGCCAGCUGCCUCCCCCGGACUCGCCCCAUCUCAGCAUCAAACCCCACCCCCAACCCAGCAGCAGCAGCAGCAACCUCCACCCAAUCUGCAGCAGCAGCAUCAACCGAAGCCCCAACCGCCGCAACAACAUCAACCGCCGCAACAACAUCAACCGCCGCCGCAACAGCAUCUGCGGCAGGAUCAGCCUCCACCACAGCUGCAGCAAAAUCAUCAUCAACCACAACAACAACAUCUGCAGCAGCAACCACCACAUCUGCAGCAGCAACCACCACAUCUGCAGCAGCAACCACCACAUCUGCAGCAGCAACAACCACAUCUGCAGCAGCAACCACCACAUCUGCAGCAGCAACAACCACAUCUGCAGCAGCAACCACCACAUCUGCAGCAGCAACCACCACAUCUGCAGCAGCAACAACCACAUCUCGGUGGCGGGGAACAACCCCCCGCCCCCUCCUCCCCCCCCGCCCCCCCCCGCCCUGCUGCCGGCCCCCGGCUCGGCCAUGGCGACGCUGAAGCGGGCCCCUCCAGCCCCACGGGGGCGGCCUCCGAAGCAGUUCAGCCUGCAGGCGGCCCACCUCCCCCCCGACAACCGGCCCCCCACCCUCCCCAAGCAGCACAGCCUCUCCAAGCCCCCCCCCCCCUCCUCCUCUUCCUCCUCCUCCUCUUCCUCCUCGGUCAGGCAGCUCGCCAGCCAGUUCCCCGGCUCCUCCCACUCCUCCUCCUCCUCUUCCUCCCUGACGGCCAAUCACGCGGAGAGCCUCAAGGCCCCGCCCCUCUCCCCGCCGGCGGUGAAGGCCAAGCCAAGAUGGCAGCCGGGCGGCAGCGGCGGCGGCGGCGGCCAUGAGUUCCCCCCUCCCCCUCCCCCCGAGAGCGCGCCGUCCGCGUUCCCCGCCCCUCAUCCUCCCCCUCCCCCUCCCCCUCCUCCCCCCCCUCCUGGACCCCCCGCCUGCCCCGCCUCCGGCCCCACCCCGCCCCCGCCCCCGCUCCCGCCGGGGGCCGCUGGCUCCUCCCCCUUCGGGAAGAAGGCUCCGCCCACGCCGCAGAGGAACUCGAGCGUGACGGCGGAGUCGUGCGACGCCUACCAGGAGUCCCGGAGGAACCUGCUGCGCAAGUUCAACGGCUCCGCCUCCUCCUCCUCCUCCACCCCCUCCUCCUCCUCCUCCACCCGGUCCCCCUCCAAGGACCCCCCCGCCGGCCCCCCGGCCCCCCCCAAGCCGGGGAAGCUCAACCUGUCUCACCUCCAGAGCAGGGCGGGGCCGACCCGGCAGACGGGCGGCGCCGACUUCCCCUCGCCGCCGCACGACUACGGCUGCUUCCCCCCGCCCCCUCCGCCCUCCGGCGACCUGUUCCCGCCCCCGCCCCCGCCACCCCCCCCCGCCUGGGGGCCGCCCCGGGUGGCGGUGGUCAACCCCCAGCCCCAGGCCCCGCCCUGCCCGCCCCCUCCCGUGCCCCCGCCGGCCCACAGCGCCCCCUGGGGCAAGGCCUCGCUGCGGAAGACCCCGCCCCCCACGCUGGGGCGCCGCGGCAACGCCACGCCCGAGCCCGGGGCCGCGCCCGCCCCGCUGUCGCCGCCGCCGACGUCGCCAAAGGGCGGGAACUUCAUGGACGACCUGCAACGCACGCUGAAGCGCAAGUCGACGGGCCGCCAGGGCUCGCUGUCGUCGGGGCCCGGGGCCCGCCUCUCGGGCAAGAUGGACGCCGCGGCGGCGGGGGGGGAGGGCGUGGCGGACGACAUGGCGCUUCCGCCGCCGCCGCCCGAGCUGCUGUCGGACGGCGGCAAGAACGGGAACGGGGGCGGGGCUAACGGCGGCGGCGGCUACCUGUCGGGGAACAUCUCAGGCUAUGCAACGCUGAGGCGGGGGCCAGCGCCCACGCCGCCCAAGAGAGGGGACGCCACCAAGCUCACGGGAGAGUGUUGAGACGCUUAGAGAGGGACGCGGGGACGGACGGACGGACGGACGCACGGACUGAAGACGGCCGGACUGAGGGACAGGGCGACAAACAGGGGAGACCUGAAACUUCCAUCCUGUCAUCGUUUUGGGAUUGUGUGUGUGUGUGCGUGUGUGUGUGUGUGUGUGUGUGUGUUCGUGUGUGUGUGUGUGUGUGUGUACUAAGCCAAACCACGAUCGUACGUUUAAGAUUCGCAGGUCAUUUCAUUUGUUUGACUCUGAUUGGACUGUUUGUUUUUUUUAAAUAACAGAAGAAGAAAGUUCCGGACAAACGGACCGACGAAAAAAAAAACAUCCCGCGUGCGACCAACCGCUUCCCCGUGUUUCCGAUCAGAUUCAAACGAGAACUUUGUCUUGAAUGCGGACUUGCCGAUAUGGUCGUUGGUGUGCUUUGGUCUCCGAUCCCGGACUGAGCCAAUCCCCGCUCCAUCCCGCGUCUUGAACACAGAAAAACCCGGAUAUGAAUCCGCUGGAAUGCUGCAUGGACCAGCUGUAUGAAACACGCUAACUUUAAGCUCUUCUGUCUGUGCGUUGUCCCAGAGAGAAUGAGAGAGAGAGCGAGAGAGAGAGAGACUGUGUGUGUGUGUGUGUGUGUGUGUGUGUGUGUGUGUGUGUGUGUGUGUGUGUGUGUGUGUGUGUGUGUGUGUGUGUGUGUGUGUGUGUGUGUGUGUGUGUGUGUGUGUGUGUGUCCCCGUUUUUUCCUCUGUGUGUAAUGUUAGACAAACGUCUCCAUGGAGAAGGGGUUGAAUUUGCUUCUUUUUUUUUUGCUUUUCUAUGAAUUUAUUUAAUUUGAUCAAUGAGAAGGAUCUCGUUUUCUUUUAUAUAAUCAUGUCUUUAAAUAGAGUGUAACAAUGGAAGGAUGGAGAGAGAGAGAGGGGGGGUGUUUGGGUGUUAAAGAAUGUACUGAGAGGUGGACUUUUGUACAUUGACUGUCUCUCUACCACGUGGCAAUGCAAAAUCGGAAGGAAGCCUUAUAUUUGUGGAGAAACUGCCAUUUCGACGCAACAUAAAAAAACAAAUCAAGUUUCUUCCACCGUCUCAGCAGAGUCUGGACUCUGGAAACCGGAAAGAAGAAGGAGGAAAAAUACGAAGAAGAAACUCUGAAAAGAAGACAAGUGCUUUGUUUUACUUUAUUUAAUGCAAACAUGAAGUGUAGCUUACUAUGGACUUUUAAAUGUGGCUGGGUAGGGCAGGAGGGGCUGUUUAAGUAGUGUGUGUGAGAGGGGGGGUGUGUGUGUUAGGUGUGUGUGUGGGUUGGUCGAUGUCGAGGCUUACAUGCGUUGGGGGGGGUUUGUAUUGUACAGUUCCAGCUGCUGCUCUCUUCCAAUUGGCCAAUGACCGGAAGUAGACUGUACAUGCUACACACCCUACAACACUCGCGCACAUACAGACGCACACACACACACACACACGCACACACACACAGAAGUCACGUUCUCCCGGGACAGGAGUCCGAUAGAAGAUGAAGAAUUCAGAUGUUAAUAGAAAUAACAACAGCUCGAAGGGUUUGGAGCUGUUGAUUUAGAGUGUGUGCCGACAUUGAAGAAGUUUAUCAGUUGAGUCUCUUCAUAUCCUAUAUUUCCAUGGUGCCAUAGAGUCUUUUAAACACGCGAUUUGACUAAACGUGACGGCGUGGGGUUUCUGGGCUCUAUCGAUGUUUUCCCUUCCGACCAAUGCCUUGUUCCCGCACAUUUCAGACGACAUUAAAACGUUUAGGUAAAUACUGUUAUAUCAACGCCGAUUCAGGCAUCGAUUGAAAAACGACCAUGGAGAGUGUUGGAAACCCAUCUUCAAAAACUGGUGCGACGCCCGCUUUGUGUAGGGGGCCACUUCGACGCCAUCGUUAAAGGAUGAAACACAUGCAUACGGUUAUAAUCUGCUUGGUUUGAAGGAGGAUAUUUAAUGGAGGGAGUUGGAAUACGAUGGACCACUGUGCUAGACCUCGCUCUACAUGCUACCCCGUCGUCGCGAUUCUGCCCUCCGUGCAUACUUUGCCCCCCCCCCCCCCUCCGGCGGCUUGUAUAUCUUUUUCAUAUAACUUGAAUAUCAUUGUCAUGUACAGGUGUGUUGGCGACAGUACAGUAUGUAAGUUAUUGAUGUGCUGAGGCGGGAUUAGAGGGCCCUAGUUAAAGCGGAUAAGUGUGGAGAUUGCAAAGAUUGCUAAAAACGUGUCCUCUUGCAUAUAAACUGCAGAAAUCACAAAUAUAAAUGUUCCAACAAGACCUUGACGCGUCUCCCGAGUCGUGCUUUGUGUAUUUUCUCUUUCUUUGCUUGCAGCAUAUAUUACCACUACAUAGGCCUUUGUAUAGGUUUGACUGACACUUUAAAGAGGUGAUAUUAUGCAACCAGGUGUGAGUGUUAUAAGCCAUUACAAGCCGUUGGAAGAUCGGCCGCCUUUUCCUUUGUUUUAGUGAGAUCCCAGGUGGGAGUGUCCACUUAGAUAUAGACUGUAGCAACAUUUGCUACAGUCCAAUGGGUAGACUGAUCUAUCCAGCAUACAAGGACACAGCCCCUUGUGACGUCGCUAAUGCACAGGGAAGGGCAGGUUUUCAGACUGUUUGUAAUGGCUUAUCACCCCUUGUGUCAUGAUAUCACCCCCUUUAAGUUGAACCCUUGUUCUUCAAAUGCUGCUACCGAAGCAUUUGAAUCUAGACCGGUUAUUUCAUAUUUCAGUCCAAGUUGGUGAAUAAUGCUGGGUUAUAGGCAGGUUUUCAGUUUAAAGUCACAUUACG